AUGCCACCAACACGACCAACUGAGGAGCAACGCAGCCUAACGCGAAUUGCCGUCGUUAACGCCGAUCGCUGCAAGCCACGGAAAUGCAACUUGGAGUGCCACAAAUGCUGUCCGGUCGUCCUGCAAGGUAAGCUAUGUAUUGAGGUCACCAAUCAGAGCACCAUCUCCAAAAUAUCCGAAGAUCUUUGCAUAGGAUGUGCCCUUUGUGUGAAAAAGUGCCCAUAUGAUGCAAUUCGUAUUAUUAAUUUGCCUUCAAAUUUAAAUAAGGAUACGGUUCAUCGGUUUGGUCCAAAUAGUUUUAAGCUUCACCGGCUUCCAUUACCUCGUCCUGGUCAGGUUUUGGGUCUUGUUGGUGCUAAUGGAACCGGUAAGUCGACUGCUUUGUCAAUUUUAAAGGGCAAGAUAAAACCUAAUUUAGGCCGCUAUAAGAAUGAACCGGGCUGGGAUGAAAUUCUAAAGUAUUUUAGAGGUUCCGAACAUCAAGCAUACUUUCAGCAUCUUUUAGACGAUGAGCUUCGUGUUCUUCUCAAGAUACAAUAUGUUGACAAAAUUCCCAAAGUUGCCAAAGGCAUCGUUAGAGAGCUUAUAAAAAAAGUUGAUGAAAGAAAUAUGAAGGAUGAAUUAAUGAAUAUUUUGGAGUUGAAUACUAUCUCGGACCGGUCUCUUGAUAAGCUUUCUGGAGGUGAGCUUCAGCGCUUCACUAUUGCGAUGCUAUGCGUGCAAAAGGCAUCGGUUUACAUGUUUGAUGAGCCUUCAAGCUAUCUUGAUGUUAGACAACGUCUCACUGCGGCCCAAGUUAUCCGUUCCAUUCUAACCGAGACGAACUAUGUCAUCGUCGUUGAGCAUGACUUGUCGAUUUUAGAUUAUAUGUCGGAUUUUAUCUGUGUUCUUUACGGUGUCCCUGGUAUUUAUGGAGUGGUGACAAUGCCAUAUGGUGUUCGCGAAGGCAUUAACAUCUUUCUGGAUGGCUUUGUCCCCACAGAGAAUCUGCGGUUUCGAGAUGAAAGUUUGACUUUUAAUAUCUCGGAUGAUGUUGAGGAAGGAAUAAAAAAACGUCAUUCCACGAUGGAAUACCCUUCAAUGAUUAAAAACUUGGGUUCAUUUUCGCUGAAUAUACACUCAGGAAGAUUUUCUGAUUCUGAAAUUAUUGUCCUACUGGGUGAAAACGGCUGUGGGAAGACAACAUUUAUACGGAUGCUCGCUGGGCAUAUCCAACCUGAUAAUGGAGUAGAAGUUCCCCAACUUUCCAUUAGCUAUAAACCUCAGAAGAUAGCCCCUAAGUUUGAGGGUACGGUUCGUGAUCUUUUGCAGACAAAAAUCUACGACAUGUUUAUCCAUCCCCAGUUUCAGGCGAAUGUCCUGAAACCAUUGACAAUUGAAGAGCUUCUUGAUCAGGAAGUUCAAAAUCUUUCUGGAGGUCAGCUGCAACGUGUAGGUUUAUGCAUUGCACUUGGUACACCAGCUAAUAUUUAUCUGAUUGAUGAACCUAGUGCGUACUUAGACUCUGAUCAACGUAUCAUUGCCUCCCGCGUUAUCAAGCGCUUUAUUUUACACAGUAAGCGGACUGCUUUCAUUGUCGAGCAUGAUUUUGUUAUGGCAACUUAUCUCGCUGAUAGAGUCAUUGUAUACGACGGGACACCCGCAGUUAAUUGCACUGCCAAUACCCCAUGUGGACUUCUGGAGGGGAUGAAUAAGUUCCUAAAAAAUUUAAGUAUUACUUUCCGCCGUGAUCCCACGAAUUUCCGACCACGUAUUAACAAACUGGAUUCCGUGAAGGAUCGCGAGCAAAAGGCAUCUGGCAAUUACUUCUAUAUGAACGACUAUGUGGAGGAUCCUAAAGCAAAGGCUCUAAAAGCAAAGAACAACGAACAAAUGAAGGAAGAUGAAUCGAUUAAUAAUACCCAUGGGAAGAGCAACCAUGCCUGUGAAGAAAAUGGAAAGGGUAAUCCUAAAGUGAGUAAAGUGAAAAGUCAAAGUAAUAAAAAAUCCACUUAA